AUGGCGCCGAGUGCCCGACAUUCAGAUUCUGGUCGACCAUCACGCAAAGGAUCAAGAUCUUCCGUCAAACCUGCGCCAACCGGCUCCUUCAAUUCCCCCGAGGGACCCCCUGCGAAGAAACGAAAGUACAUUCCCGGUGGCCCUGGCGGCGGAGGAAGGUUUAUUGAGGUCGAAGCUGCUGCAGCAGCUGCCGCCGCAGCUGAGGAAUCUCCAAAGAAAACACCUGCCCCUCGGCGGCCCUCCACAAGUGCUCGAAGCCAUCCAACCGAGAUGGAUCAACCACUGCUAGCCCCUCCUCCACCCCCCAUCAUCCCAACAACACCUCCGUCGCUGUCGCGUCCCCGGCGCGAUAAGAACCAAAAUCGCGGUCGUUUCCCCUCCUCCACAGCUGCCGCCCUUGCUCUGCAGCAAGGCGACGGGUAUAAACCGCGUGAAGAACGUGGGUGGGAAGAGUUUCACCCGGACCUGGACAUUGAUGGCCCGCUUGCUGUGUUUACCUCCGAAGAGGUCGAUGCACCAGACACCUCCACCCCCAACGUGACCCUGGACUCACUGGCUGGCGCGACGGUUUCAGAUCAUGCAGGGUCACCGGUGGUCGUCUCAAGUGAAACGGCCUCUCCCAUCCCAAUUAAGCGCAGGCCCGGUCGCCCGCCACGCCGUCCCGAAGCUAUUCUAAAUGCGCUCCUCGCCCAGCAGGGACAAAAAGUCAUACCGCCUCCGGGUCCCAAUCCGCGCGAGAAGUUAACGCUACCUAAGCCUUCAUUCCGACCGCGCGAUCCAUUCACCUUUUAUGAAAAGAAGGGCGUUGGCCACCAAAAUUAUGUAGACCGUACCAUGGCCAAUGUUGGGUACCAGGAAACUGAUUUAUUCCUCCGUCAUGACCGUCGCUUUAUUCGAAUGACCGAAGGCACGCAAGAAGAUGACCUUGACGUUAUCCAGCCUGCCAUGAUGGAGGGAGACGUCAACACGAGCACUGGACGUGUCGAGUAUGAUAUGGAUGAACAGGACGAAAAAUGGUUGGACGAAUACAACACAAAGCGCCGCGAAGACCAACUCGAGCCUAUCAAACCUGCCGUGUUUGAAAUAACAAUGACCAAAAUUGAAAGAGAGUGGCAUGCUCUCGAAAAGCGCAUACCGAAGCCGAACCCCAAGCCACCCCAGACAGGACGACCUCGCUCAAGCUCUGCCGCCGCCGUUAACGGGGAGACUGUUGGACCCGGUGAAGAGCAGGACAGCAAAUGCGCAAUCUGUGAUGAUGGCGAUUGCGAAAAUUCGAACGCCAUUGUGUUUUGCGAUGGGUGCGAUCUUGCAGUGCACCAAGAGUGCUAUGGUGUCCCCUUCAUCCCCGAAGGCCAAUGGCUUUGCCGUAAGUGCCAGUUGCUGGGAAGAGGCUCCACCAACUGUAUAUUCUGUCCAAACACAGAAGGCGCAUUCAAGCAAACGACCUCGUCGAAAUGGGCCCAUCUGCUCUGUUCCCUUUGGAUCCCAGAGGUUUCAAUCGGUAACCCGUCUCUGAUGGAGCCGGUAACGGAUGUUGAGAAGGUUCCUCGAAGCCGCUGGAAGCUAAACUGCUACAUCUGCAAGCAGAAGAUGGGUGCAUCUAUCCAGUGCAGCAAUAAGAAUUGUUAUCUUGCCUUCCAUGUCUCAUGUGCGCGCAGAGCUCAGCUUUAUCUGAAGAUGAAGAUUGGCCAUGGUCUGAUGGAUUCUCAUCUCCUCAAGGCUUUCUGUGACAAGCAUGUACCGCCUGAAUGGCAGUUGGAGCAUGGUACUGAUACAGCUACUGCCGAUGCCAUGGAAUACUAUCAGAAUACCAUGCAAGGUCGACGCUGGGGUGAUAGCCAAGCUGCUGCAUUGUCCAUGGGCCCGGCACAUCCCGCCGAAGGGGGAGAGGAGCAAAGUACCAUGACGCCUCGUCUCACAUUAACUGUGGGCGGUAGCAAACGCAAGCGUGUUCCACGAAUGAUCUGGAAGCUGCCUUCUGGUGCUCCUGUAAUUCCUCAGGUCGUACUGAACUCGGUCAUUGCCACGCUUGGGCGUUUCACAGUUCGACAGAGAAAACAAUACGCCGAAGAUGCCUCAAAGUAUUGGACAUUAAAGCGCGAGGCGAGACGUGGCGCAGCCUUGCUCAAGAGACUUCAGCUCCAGCUGGAGACUUUCUCAUCGAUGGAAAUGACACGCAGGGACUACGUUGCCAUGGGUGUCCCUGGAUAUAAGCGUCUGACACGUCGCAUUGAGUUCGGAGACCGACUCUAUAAAGAUCUCGAUAAGUUGAGGAUGCUGUGUGACGAAGUCAAAAAGCGGGAGAAGGAGAAGUUGAAGGAUAGCGAGAUGCUGCGCAACAUCACCGACCUGGUCUACUUCCCUAUUUUUCCCCUGCUCUGGCCGAUCUUCGAGAAAGCCCAACUGCUAGAUGGAAAGGGUAUAUUUGCAAUGGGCUUGCUGUCGAUCCGGGAACGACUGAAUCGUCGGUUCUAUCCUUCUGUCGCUGCCUUUUCCUCUGACUUGGCCAGUCUUUUCACCUCAGAGAUCGGAGUGGAGCCUGCUGGCGACACUGCCGAGCUCCAGGCACAGAUUAGCGGCCGUGCGCCAGAGCUCAGUCUGGAGCAGCGCGAGAAGAGAAAAUUGGCCAAGCGCAUCAUCAAGGUCAUUCAACCUUCCCUGGAGGAUGCGAUUCGGAAGGAGAGCGAGCUGAACCGCAAACCAUUCGAGAAAGAAUUGAAGGAGCUGGAUGUGAUCCUAGACCACAGCUUGAUGUCUCGCGGAGCCGAUAGUGUUGAGCCAGAAGGUGACAGCGAGCUGCCUGUCGACACGGAUGCUAUGGAAGGGGUUGAACAGACUGGCCCUGCAACAGAAGCCCAGUCCGAGGUCCAGACUGCCCAGGAUCAGCCGCCACUCGGAGUGCCUGACGCCCAAGGGGUACCAUCUACGGAAGAACCCACGAAAAAUGCCCCGACAUAUUAUCGACAUCCUACGCCAGUCUUGACCGAGCAGGAUCAACAGCUCCCUCUGGCUUUGGGUGGUAUUCAGUGGUACAUGCAGCCGUUUGACCCCGUGGGAACCACCAUCCAUGAGGAACGAUGGACUGGGCGCGACGUCAUGCGUGGCAUGAGCGAAGAGCUCAGUGAUAUGGACGAAGAGGAGCUGGAGGGAUUGAAGGAUAUGGUGGAUGAUGGCAAUGUAGCUGGCAAGCCCCCUGCACCUAUCAAUGGUGUUCAGCCAGCUGCUUCGCAGAAUCAUCGCCAAUCUCGACGUUUGCGCACACGGUAA